UCCUACGCUCACCUCAGGCUUCGAAACUCUCUCGGCUUCCAGGUGGUGCGGUGCGCCCUUCGUCCCCAAGGAACCGAGCAAGCCAAGCCACCCGCAUAAAUCCCUCUCCCUCUCUCUCUCUCUCAACCUGCUUGAUCGAAUCUUCGAAUCGAAUCGUAACCAAUCCCCACGCCCACCUCUCGCCUCGCGCACCAACCCCUACUGCCUUCCUCGCUCCGCUGCACCCCCCCCCCACCCCCCGGCGCUCUCGUCGCGAGCCAUGACGGCCGCGGCGCCCUCGCUGCCGCCGCCGCGGCAGCUGAGCCUGGAGGACCUGAAUGCGGUGUCCGUGCUCGGACGCGGCGCCAAGGGCGUCGUGUUCCACGUCGUGCCCGCCCCGGGGGACGCGGAGUGCGAAGGCGAAGGCCGGUCCGCAGCCAUGGCGCUCAAGGCGGUCUCGCGGGAGGCGGCGCGGCACAAGAAGUCUGCCGCGGGCGGGGACGGGGACGGGGACGGGCACCGGCGGAUCUGGUUCGAGCGGGACGUGCUCCUGGCGCUGCGCCACCCGCUGCUCCCCUCGCUGCGUGGCGUCCUCGCCACCGACGCCGUCAUCGGGUUCGCCAUCGACCGCUGCGGCGGCGGCGACCUCAACUCGCUCCGCCGACGCCAGACCGAGAAGAUGUUCUCGGACUCCGUCAUCCGGUUCUACGCGGCGGAGCUGGUGCUGGCUCUCGAGUACCUCCACAGCCUCGGCAUCGUGUACCGAGACCUCAAGCCGGAGAACGUCCUCAUACAGGACAGCGGCCACAUCAUGCUCGUCGACUUCGACCUCUCCACGCGGCUCCCGGCGCCGACGCAGGAGCUGGACGAGGCGGCGGUUAGUCCCAAACCGGCGCCUCCGGCCAGUUCACCGUCUCCGAGACGCGGGAAGCCAAGGAAGCCGGCGGGCGCCGCUCUGUGCUUCCCAUUCCGCUCCGCCAGCGCCGCGAAACCUGCCGCGCCGGCGGACUCUCCUUCGCCGCCUUCCACCUCGCGGACGGCCUCCUCGUCGUCCUCGUCUUCGACUGCGACCACGGCCUCCUCCGUGGCCUCGGCCGGCGCGCGGACGCCGGCGAAGUCGAACUCAUUCGUGGGGACCGAGGACUACGUGGCGCCGGAGAUCAUCGCCGGGCGCGGCCACGACUUCUCCGUGGACUGGUGGGGCCUGGGCGUGGUGCUCUACGAGAUGCUGUACGGCCGCACGCCGUUCCGGGGGCAGAACCGCAAGGAGACGUUCUACCGCGUCCUCACCAAGCAGCCGGAGCUCGUCGGCGAGAAGACGCCGCUGCGCGACCUCAUCGCCCGCCUCCUCGAGAAGGACCCCGAGAAGCGCAUCAGUGCGCGCGGCGUCAUGGCCCACCCAUUCUUCCGCGGCGUCGACUGGGACCGCAUCCUCCACGUGGCGCGCCCGCCGUUCAUCCCGUCGCCGCCGCAGGACGAGGACGGCAACGAGGCGCUCGACGUCGAGAAGGUCGUCCGCGAGGUGUUCGCUUCCAAUGACGUGGAGGCAGCAACGGCGGGAGAGAGCGAGAAGACUUCGCCGGAGGCGGACGGUGGCCAAGGCGACGGCGAGGGGAGCAGGAGAGAUCCGUCCAAAGAUGGUGAUUUCUCCGUGUUUUUCUGAGCUUUUCUUUUUACUUUUUCAAUAUAUUUUUUGAAAAAGUUAACUAGUACUAGUAGUUCUAUUCUAUUUGUUUUUUGUUAAGUUAUUUUUCUCAAGGAUUAGUAGUAUUAUUAUGGUGGGAUUUAGCGGACGAGAUUAGGAGAAAGUACGGCGCGGUGGCCGUUGGAGUACAUAAAUUAAAGAGGUGCUUCUGUUCAAUGGGUAUAGUUUCUCUCUUUUUCUUUGCUUCUUUGUUGGAUACUUUGCUCCGUACAUAAUGAAUAAUGAGAGUGCACUUGGCGCUGAAAUGUAA